CGGUAUUUAUUUAUUUUGUAAAAUCUCUCUCUCUCUCUAUAUUUCUCUCUCUCUAUAUCUCUCUGUCUCUCGAUCCUGCGUUUUCUGAAAAAAAAUUUCUGUCGUCCUAGGUCGAACGAUUUCAAAGAUCGGAGAAUUAGCGGUGGAGUUGGAAUUCAGGUGGGGGAGCUAGGGUUUCUGUGGAGCCGUGGGCGAUCGAAGCUUUUUUGCGAGGGUGAGUGGGUAAGACGAGGUGUUGAAGCAAGACUAGGAGAAGAUGCAAGGGAAUUGUUAUUAUGCAUGGGAGGCAACAGCGGGGAGGUGAGCCUUGUCGACGGAGGAGUUUCGGUCAACACAUGCCGGCGACGACCGCGAGGACUGUAGCCGCCGUUGAUUCGUCUCGUACUUCUGCUAUUACUGCUGAUUCGUUCUGCAAGGAUGGUCGCAAGAUCUGCGUUGGUGAUUGUGCUCUUUUCAAACCACCACAUGAUUCCCCUCCUUUCAUUGGAAUAAUCCGUUGCUUAAUCUCAAGUAAAGAUAAUAACUUGCAGUUAGGUGUUAAUUGGCUUUACCGACCAGCUGAGCUGAAGCUAGGCAAAGGCAUCCUGCUGGACGCCGCGCCAAACGAAAUUUUCUAUUCUUUUCAUAGGGAUGAGAUUCCUGCUGCAUCAUUACUCCAUCCGUGUAAAGUUGCCUUCCUUCCUAAAGGGGUUGAACUUCCAACAGGGAUAUCUUCAUUUGUUUGCCGCCGAGUUUAUGACAUUGCAAACAAGUGUUUGUGUUGGCUAACUGAUCAAGAUUAUAUUGAUGAGCUACAAGAAGAAGUAAAUCAACUCUUACACAAGACUCGAGUAGAAAUGCAUGCAUCAUUGCAACCUGGCGGUCGUUCUCCAAAACCAAUAAAUGGUCCAAUGUCCACAUCACAAUCAAAAUCUGGUUCAGAAAAUGUGCAAAAUAAUGUAACAUCAUUUCCUUCACAAGUUAAGGGAAAGAAAAGGGAACGGGGAGAUCAGGCUUCAGAUUCUGUGAAGCGAGAGCGUUCUUUGAAAGCAGAUGACAGUGAUUCUGGUCUGUACAAGACAGAAAGUGCUAUAAAAUCUGAAAUUGCAAAAAUAACAGAAAGAGGAGGGCUUGUAGACUCGGAAGGAGUUGACAAACUAGUUCAACUUAUGCAACCAGAUAGAGGGGAGAGGAAAAUGGAUUUGGUUUGUCGGUCACUGCUUGCUGGAGUGGUCGCUUCAACAGAAAAGUUUGACUGCCUUAACCGGUUUGUGCAACUCAGGGGAUUACUGGUAUUGGAUGAGUGGCUUCAAGAUGUUCAUAAAGGGAGAAUUGGUGAUGGUAAUCCAAAGGAUGGUGACAGACAAGUGGAGGAAUUUCUUCUGGUUUUGCUUCGUGCACUUGAUAAGCUCCCUGUGAAUCUUGAAGCACUAAAAAUGUGCAACAUUGGCAAAUCUGUUAAUCAUUUACGGUCACACAAGAAUAUGGACAUCCAGAAGAAAGCUCGUGGCUUAGUUGACACAUGGAAGAAACGUGUUGAGGUUGAAAUGAAUAUGAUUGAUGCUAAAUCAACUCAAGGUGUUGCAUGGCCUUCUAAAUCACGCAUUCCUGAAACUUCUCACAGUGGUAACAAGAAUCCUGGUGGUUCCAAUGAUGUUACUCCAAAGAGCUCAGUGACGCAGAUCUCCUCUAAAACUGCUUCAAUUAAGACUUCACAAGUGGAAACUACUGCAAAAUCUGCAUCUUCUUCACCUGGGCCAGUGCGAUCUGCAUCAUCACCUGUACCUGGGAAAGAUAGUCAGGCUAGAGUUUCACUUUGCGGUGCUUCAGAUGUUCCUCUAAUGAGGGAGGAUAAGAGUAGCAGUUCUAGUCAGUCUCAUAAUCAUAGUCCAUCUUUCUCUGGAAAAGAGGAUGCAAGGAGUUCUACUGCAGGAUCAAUGAGUAGCAAUAAGCUCUCAAAUAGCAGUUCUCGUCAUCGCAAGGCAAUCAAUGGAUUUCCUGGGACAUCUGUAUCUGGAAGUCAGAAAGAAAACGGUACAGGCCGAAGCACUUCUCUGCAUCGGAAUUCUAACCCUGAAAAAUUAUCCCAGACUGCACCGGUGGGUGAUAAAGCUGUUGAUGUGUCAGUUGCUGAAGGGAGCAGUCACAAGUUGAUUGUUAAGAUACCAAAUAGGGGACGCAGUCCUGCACAGAGUGCAAGUGGAGGGUCUUAUGAAGAACCUAAUAUUAUGAAUAGUCGAGCUUCUUCUCCAGUGGUUUCAGAGAAACAUGAGCACUUUGAUCAAAAUGUAAAGGAGAAGAGUGAUGUAUAUCGUUCUAAUGUAACAUCUGAUGUGAAUGCAGAGUCCUGGCAAAGUAAUGAUUUCAAAGAUAUAUUAACUGGAUCUGAUGAGGGUGAUGGGUCACCUGCUGCUCUUCCUGAUGAUGAUCGAAAGGAUGAGAGGAAAUCAGGUGAAGUAUCAAAGAUUGCUUCCUCAUCUUCUGGAACUGAACUGAAGUCUGGGAAACUGCACAAUGCUUCUUUCAACUCCAUGAAUGCUUUGAUUGAGAGCUGCAUUAAAUAUUCUGAAGCAAAUGCAUCGAUGUCACUUGGCGAUGCUGUUGGCAUGAAUCUGCUAGCCAGUGUGGCCACUGAAGAAAUGUCAAAAUCUGAUGUGCAUUCACCUUCUGUUUCCUCACAAAGAAAUUCUCCUGUAGUUGAGGAAACUUCUAUGGCUGAGGAUUCCAGAUCCAAACCUCUACCCCUUGAUAGCUUUGCAAGUGACAAUAGUCAGAGGAAUGAUAAUAUGGAUUGUGAUAAUAAGAAGCAGCUUGUUGCUGCUUGUAGUUCAUUGUCACAGGAUAAAUUGCAUUUGACCACAUUUUCUGCACCUGAGUCAUUCGGAGAGAGAAAGCUCAGUGUGUCUCCUGAACUUGUGAAGGCUGGGGAGAAGAGUGGUAAGAACUUUAGCUCUUCUUUUAUUGAUACUAAAGUUGUUGCAGAACCUAAUGUGGAGAUGAAUGACAAGUCGGGUGAGAGGAACCAAUCAGUGUUAUCACCAACCAUUGGAGCGGGCAAGGCAUAUGAUGGUGAAUCGGACAAAAAAUUUGAUGUGGGCAAGUCAGUUGUGGGUGAUUCAAGGCUUGAUGGCAUUCCUGAUUCUAAAAUGGGUGACAUUGAUACUUCGUUAACAGAGGACAAAGCAAGUAAUGCACUUGUAAGCUUGGGUGACCAAAAGAGAUUGGGUGAGGUUUCAUCUUCAGAUUUUCCGUUUGAAGGUAGCAACAAAAAAGAUGUGAAUAGAGGGUUGAAUGAAGAGGUGAAAUCACCUGCAGCAACCGCAGAUUCUGAAGUGAAUGAGAGACCUAUAAAGGAAGAGCAGUCAACAAUCUCUAGUAGAGAUAUGAAUACAGAUAAUGGAGGGGAUGAUGAAAAAGUCCACCCAUAUCUUAAUCAGUCUGAAAGGAGAACAUAUGAUAAAAUACAUGAUGGAGCUCCAGCACCGGUGGAUAAAAACAUAGUCAGUUUGGAUUCUACUGUUAAUAAUUUGAAGACUGAAUGUAACGAGCGCCAUGCUGAAUCUAAGGACAGGCAGCUUGAUUCUGGUGGAUCACCAUCUCAGAAUGAAGGGCCUGGAUUUUCUGGCCUUGUAGUGGAGAAACACAUUGGAUCAAGAGAAUCCAAGUUCUCUCGUGUUGAAUCAGACAAAACAAACAAUCCAGUUUCCAAUGGGGUGACCUCUGUUGCUCCAGAAACAGCUUCAAAAAUGAAAUUUGAUCUAAAUGAAGGUUUUGUUUCCGAUGAUGUGAAAUGUGGUGAGGCAAUAAGCUCAUCAGUCACUGGGUAUUCAUCAGGUGUUCAUGUAAUCAAUCCAUUACCAUUUUCUGUUAGUUCUGUGCCCACUGGUCUCCCAGCUUCCAUUACUGUGGCUGCUGCUGCCAAAGGCCCUUUUGUUCCACCAGAGGAGUUACUGAGAUUCAAAGGUGAAAAGGCUGAAUUUGGAUGGAAAGGUUCUGCUGCCACAAGUGCAUUUCGUCCAGCUGAGCCCAGAAAACUGCUUGAUACACCUUUUAGUUCAGUGAGUAUAUCUCAUUCUGAAACUUCAUCUGGUAAACAAAAUCGUCCUUGUUUAGAUAUUGAUCUGAAUGUACCAGAUGAAAGCUCUUUAGAGGACUUAGGAUGUUCUGCUCUGGAGAUUGGUUAUAUGUCUAACCAUCCAAGUAAACGUGAUGUACAUAAGAAGGAAGAACCAAGUUCUCCAUCUGUUCGUAGUUCAGGAGGGCUUGAUCUUGAUUUGAAUAGAGCUGACGAGCCUAACGAUGUGGGGCAGUGCUCAGUUAGCAGUAGUCAUAUGUUGGGGGGACCAGUUGCACUAUCCAAACCAUUACCAUCUAGUAGGCUAGCUGGUGAGGUUAGAAGGGACUUUGAUUUGAAUAAUGGACCUGGUGUUGAUGAUGCUAGUGUAGAACAGUCUUUAUUCCAGCAGACUAGUCGUGGAAGCAUGCACCUUCAGCCAGCUACUUCCAGCCUCAGAGUGAACAAUCCAGAAAUUGGGAAUUUUACUUCUUGGUUUACUCCUGCGUGUGGGUAUUCAGCAGUCACAGCUCCGUCAAUAUUGCCUGACCGCGGAGACCAGCCAUUUCCAGUGAUGCCCCCUGGUGGACCACGUAUUUGUCCUGCCCCUGGUGGUAGCACAUUUGCUCCUGAUGUCUAUCGAGGCUCAGUUUUGUCGUCUUCCCCUGCAGUCCCUUUCCCAUCUGGUUCAUACCAAUUUCCAAUGUUUCCUUUUGGGCCCACCACCUUUCCUCUCCCAUCAGCAAGUUUCCCUGUUGGAUCUGCCUCUUAUAUCAAUUCCUCAUCUGGUGGAAGAAUGUUUACUGCUUCUGUCAAUUCACAGUUGUUGGGCCCUGUCAGUGCUGCCGCUCCUCAAUUUCAUAGGCCUUACAUGGUUGGCCUUCCAGACACUACUAGUAAUGCCAGUACAGACAACAAUAGAAAAUGGCCCAGACAGGGUCUGGACCUGAAUGCAGGUCCUGGAUCUAUCGAUAUUAAUGGAAGGGAUGAAUCAGUUCCAUUGGCUCCGAGGCAACUAUCUAUCACUGAUCCACAAGCACUAGCAGAAGAACAUGGAAUAUACCCAAUGGCUGGAAGCAUCCUGAAGAGGAAGGAGCCUGAUGGAGGGUGGGAUAAUGAUAGCUUCAGGUACAAGCAAUCGUCAUGGCAAUGAUGGUGCAUAUAAAUUCUGCAAUCUGCUGAGAGCUGCAUCAAAGGGGAUUGGAUGGUGGCCACCUUGAAAGCAAGAUCUUCUUGUGGGUGGGUGGUAACAAGCAAAGUUGAUGCAUGCAGCAGCCUCUUGGAUUCCCGCCACUUCUGGAUCUCGAUGAAGUUGUUGGGAGUUGCGAGAGAGAGCAUACAACUUAGGUCUUCGGCUAUCUCGUUUCUUGGUGGGUGCAGAUGUGUUUUCCCUCUGUAGAUAUUUAACUGUUGGAAAACUUUUAAAAUCUGUGACCCAGAAAAACAGGAGAAUUAGUGGCUUAGUGCCCCCUUUAGUUGAAUACAGCAGCAGCAGCAUAAAACAAAAAAAAAAAUGACCUUUGACAGAAAUCUGGUAAUUGGGUUGGAAACCGGGUCUGAAAGCCAUCUUGUAUGCACUUUGUCCUUAAUUAUCUUUGCUCCUUUCAUGGCUUUUGCUGUCUUUU